AUCUAUCGAACAUGAGUCAGAAAAUAGUCUCACAGUCAGCGUUCAUUGCGUUACUCUUACAUCGGACGCAUAAAAGCGCAGAAGAUCCAGCGCUUUCCUCAGUUUAACUUUCCUCCCUAGAAACGAGUCCCACAUAAGACUGACAAUGCCCAAGCCUAUCAAUGUCCGUGUCACCUCAGUGGAUGCCGAACUGGAAUUUGCAAUCCAGUCAGUUACAACAGGCAAACAGCUCUUUGAGCAGGUGGUUAAGACAGUGGGCUUGCGUGAGGUGUGGUACUUUGGUCUGCAGUAUAUGGACAACAAAGGCUUUCUUACAUGGCUGAAACUGGACAAAAAAGUAUCCUCUCAAGAGGUAAAGCAAGAGAUCCCUCUGCAGUUUAGGUUCAGAGCCAAGUACUACCCCGAAGAUGUGGCUGAGGAACUGAUUCAGGACAUCACGAAAAAACUGUUCUUCAUGCAAGUGAAGGAAGGCAUCUUGAGCGAUGAGAUUUACUGCCCUCCUGAGACGGCAGUGCUACUGGCUUCCUAUUCUGUACAAGCCAAGUUUGGAGACCACUCCAGCGAAAUCCACAAAUCUGGGUACCUAACCUCCGAACGCCUGCUGCCACAGAGAGUACUCGACCAGCACAAACUCUCAAAAGAGCAAUGGGAGGAGAGGAUCCAGAUAUGGCAUGAGGAGCACAGAGGCAUGCUCAAAGAUGAUGCCAUGCUUGAAUAUUUGAAGAUCUCACAGGAUUUGGAGAUGUAUGGCGUCAACUACUUCGACAUAAAGAACAAGAAAGGAACAGAGCUGAGGUUGGGAGUGGAUUCUUUGGGACUUAAUAUCUAUGAGAAAGAUGACAGGUUGACGCCAAAGAUUGGAUUUCCAUGGAGUGAAAUAAGGAACAUCUCUUUCAGUGACAAGAAGUUCAUAAUCAAGCCUAUUGACAAAAAGGCCCCAGACUUUGUGUUCUAUGCAUCGCGCUUGCGCAUUAACAAGCGCAUCCUGCUGUUGUGCAUGGGAAACCAUGACCUUUACAUGCAGCGCAGGAAACCUGACACCAUUGAGGUGCAGCAGAUGAAGGCACAGGCCAGAGAGGAGAAACACCAGAGACAGAUGGAGAGAGCCCAGCUAGAAAAUGAGAAGAAGAAAAGAGAAGCAAUUGAGAAAGAAAAAGAGAUGGUGGAGAAAGAGAAGCAAGAGAUGAUGAUGAAGCUGUACCAAUUUGAGGAGCAGACCAAAAAGGUUGAGAGAGAUCUGCAAGAGCAGUUUGAGAGGGCCCGAAAAUUGGAAGAGGAGAGGAGAAAGGUAGAGGAGGAAGCAAGACGACUGGAGGCUGAAAGACAGGCAGCACUGAUUGCUAAAGAAGAGUUGGCCAGGAAAGCUGAAGAUCAGAUGAAAACUCAGGAGCAGUUGGCAGCAGAGCUGGCUGAGUACACAGCGAAGAUUGUCUUGCUAGAGGAAGCCAAGAGAGUGAAGGAAGUGGAAGCCAAUGAAUGGCAGAACAGGGCUAAAGAGGUGCAGGAUGACCUGGUAAAAACCCGUGAGGAGUUGCAGAAUGUGAUAUCGUCCCCUGUGGUUGCCACCAUGGCUGCGCCUAUGGCUGUUCCUGUCGCUCCAAUGGAGAACGAGCAUGAUGAUCAUGAGGACAACAACAGCACCUACAGCGCUGAGCUCCAGGUGGAGGGUAUAGUGGACCACCGCUAUGAGGAGGAGCGCAUCACAGAGGCAGAGAAGAACGAGCGUGUGCAGAAACAGCUCAUGGCCCUGAGCUCUGAGCUGGCCGAUGCCCGCGAUGACACUAAGAAGACUCAGAAUGACAUUCUACACAAUGAAAAUGUACGAGUCGGGAGGGACAAGUACAAGACACUUCGUCAGAUCCGAAUGGGCAACACCAAACAGAGAAUUGAUGAAUUUGAAGCAUUGUAAUGUUGACAAAUUCUCUGAUAAAUCAGUACCACCAGCAGCACUCUACUCAUCUCCCUCAUUUCUGUUUAAGGGUGUAUUUGUCUAAUUAUCUCUCAUGGUCGCACUUAUUUACAUGCAUACUCCAGUAAAAUGAUACUUGUGUACACACUACAGAAGUAACUUUAUUCUUUAGACCAGAAAAGUGUGCAUUGUGUACAAUGUCAAACAUAUGUGUACAUUGUCAAUGUGUGCCUUCGACACUCAAGAUCCUAUUUAUGCUAAUUGUACCAAAGCCUUUGGCUUGAGAAAUUAUUUAUCUGUUGCCAUCUUUUAUUGAAGUCUUUUCGAAAGCUCUUGCAUUUUUCAGAAAGCUGUAUUGUGUUGACUGCUUUUUCAUGUAAUGUCAUGAGAAGCAUAACUUUCUCUCAAAAUUAAAGGUAUAUAGUUGAAAAGGACAAGUCCAUGAAUCAGCAGGUGCAAAUAUACCAUGAUGAUAUGAUUAUUUAAAUCUUAAAUGUGAUCAAAUAGUGGCCAUAAAAAACAAGUCAAUGUUUUUACUUGUUUUGAUUAAAAAAUUCUGCAUAGCAAAUUAGAUUUGUAUCUUUUCAUGUAAACUUUUUAAAUAAAUAC